AUGCCUCGCAAGCCCAGAUCAUCCGGCGUACGUGGGCCUAACUCUGCUCUUACAGAGUUUCUCAGGAAUGAAGGUAUCACUGACGCCUUCAGAGAACGUCAAAAUCGCCAGCGUCAAGAGAGCGAAUCGGGAACAAACGAACAUACUGCAUCACCUACAUCCUCCCCUGUUGCAUCUAGUCGAAGAUCUUCUGUAACUCCGCAAAGAAGCGCUAGAAGGAGUUCCUCUCCCGAUGAAGAGGAACUUCAGAUACGAGUGGCAGGAAGACAAAAGAGACGUGCAAACAGAAGAAUGAGGAAUGGCAGCGCACGUGGUGAUCCUAAUGGCGAUAGUGGUAGCUCUGAUGAUGACGAUGAUGACGACUACUCUGACGCAGACGAUCUUGAUAUCAACGGCGAUCUUGAGGACAACCACAAGAAGUAUGGUGAGGAGGAUAUGUGCGCAGAGUGUGGCAACCCAUUCACGUUGUCUGUCUACUCGCGUUUCGUUGAAGAUUUGAAAGGUUACUUAUGUGAAGACUGUAAUGAGGAGCUCAAAAAGCGUGAAAAGAACGCGAGAAGAAACGAACUUAAUGCCAGAAAAAGAAGAAAGGUUCUCGCAUCCGCCCUUCUUGACAAGAAGACUGUGAAGAUUCCUAAGUUACAGGACGUCUGUAUCAAAGUGAUCACCCAGAAUAUCAAUGAUGUCGAGGCCUUGGGCGACAUUGGCCAGGCUAAUAUGAACAAGAUCCUGAGAAUCUUGUCGAAAAACCGUUCGUUGGACGACUCCACAGUAUCUCUUUUUUUGAAUCCAAGCUUGAAGGAGUUGGAAUUCUGGGAUUGCUCAAAUGUGGGGUCCCAUUCAUUUAACCAAAUUGCGGCCUUUUGCUCUCAAUUGGAGUCACUAACACUCUUCAUGUGCGGUCAAUUCCACAACGACAAUUUAGUGUACUUCAAGGAUAAGCUUCAAAAUCUAUCGAAGUUGAGCUUGGAUGGUCCUUUCCUAAUCAGUAACCCCAUGUGGCAGGACUUCUUCGAAGAAGCUGAAUGUCAAAUAACCCAGUUCGAAGUCAGAAACACUCAUCGUUUUGGCAGCGACGCAUUUCUUACGCUCAUGGAGAAGAGAGGUCCUCAUCUAACUCUGCUCAAACUUCUGAGACUUGAUGGUCUUGACAGUACAGAAGUCUAUGAGCUUAUACCGCAUUACAUUGGAUCAUCACAGUUGACUGAACUCGAAAUAUCUUAUCCUCACCGCACUGAUAUCAUCACUGACGAGCUUAUGAUACACAUUUUAGCAAUCACAGGAGAAUCGCUCACGUACCUUAAUGUGGAUGGUUGCAGUGCGCUUACAGACGAGUUUUUCAAGGAAGGUGUAUCGAAGUUCUGUCCAAGAUUGGAGCACAUUUCCAUGCGGCAUGUCAAUCAGCUCACAGAUGAAGGGUUUGUUGAAGGUUUUAAUGAGUUUGCUGUGAUUAAUAGUGGUGGCUUAGUUACCGCUGACUUGACGAAAUGCACUGGGCUUGGAGACAAAGCCAUCUACUCCCUCUUCAAUCAUUCAUCGCUGACAUUGGUGGACGUUUCGCUCAAUUCGCUCGAUAAUUUGACAAAGGACUUCUUGAUACAGAUAAUGACGAACGAUGAGUCCAAGACAAAGAGAUUAUUGAAACAGGCUAUUGAAGAUGGUGUCAAUGAUAACGUUGAGAAUGAGGAUGAGAUUCAAAACUACUACAAUCAGAUUGAGUUUCCUUUAUUGACGAGACUUGACAUCGGAUUCGUUAGGUGUUUUGAUGAUGAAGUGGCUAGCAAGUUUAGUGAUUCUUGCUCACGACUCACGAUUCUCGAAGUCUUUGGCGACAACAAGUGUACAGUAAGGGCAAAGGUUAGGCCUGAUCUUUUGCUUAUUGGUCGUCAAGGUGACUUGGCUUGA